UGAGAAACCGUGCAAGUAUUACGGCUACCGUGGUUAAAAUUUAAAGAGGUUACAAGUAGUGACAAUGAUUCCUCCUUAGUUACAGUUGUUUGAAUUCAAAUUUUGUUAUUGUUGUAGCAACUUUCGAUUAAUAUUAGAUUUUGGUAAAAGUUAUUCUCCUCCGUCUUGAGUUAAAACUUGGUAAUGUUUGUAGGAAUGUAAAAUUUUAAUAAUUUCAUAUAUACUUUACUAUUCAUCAUUCAGUUUAGAAUUCUUAAACUAAUUAUAUACAUUUAUUUUACUAUUUAUGGUGAGUUAUAAAUUCCGAAUCAGUUUGUAUUUCUGUGUUGAAAUGCAAAGUUAAUACACUAUGGCUCAUCUGAACAUUGAAAGAGUGUCAUUAGCUGCAAGAGAUCGAGAAAAAGAAAUUCAAAAAAGAUAUGCGCGCAAAAAAACUAUCCUUGUUCUUAUUGCUCAAUAUUUAGAAGAAAAUGGAUGCGUUAAUGCUGCUGACGUUCUUAAAAGUGAAUGUAAUUUUAGUUUAAGUGACUCUUCUGUUUGCGACAAUAUUAGUUUAGACUCAAUUUUGCAAGAUUUUGAAUCUUAUUACUUUCUGAGAUAUCAAAAACUCCCUCAGAUUAUGAAAAAAGUUUGUAGUGAAGCAGCUAUUUUAAAUUCUAAAGCUUUUCGGUCAAAAAGUGCAUCAAAACAAUCAAGUUCAGCAAGGAAAUUAUUUUUUGAAUCGACUGGAUUAUCCACUAAGCAAUGCGAUCCUGUUCUUGAGCGUGACAAUUUGGAUUCCAGUCAUACUAACCAAUGUUCUUCUAAUUCAAAUAACAGCUUUCCUUUAUUGAUGAAAAGAUGUGGUAGUGAAUGGCAACUAUUAGCUGAUUUAGUCAUACAGGAUAUUGGUUCCACAAACAAAACUGUUUACUGGUCCGACAUAGUUGGUCUUGAACGUGCCAAACAAGUUUUAAAAGAGGCUGUCAUCUAUCCCUUGAAGUUCAAAGAUCUAUUCAUUUCAGACCUAAAGCCUUGGAAAAGUAUACUUUUGUAUGGGCCAACAGGUACUGGUAAAACAUCACUCGCCGCUGCUGUUGCUACAGAAAGCAAAGCCGUAUUUUUUAAUGUAUCAGCUUCAACACUCGUAAGCAAAUGGCGUGGUGAAUCUGAAAAACUUGUGAGAGUUUUAUUUGAACUUGCAAAGCAAUAUUCCCCAUCUGUAAUAUUCAUUGAUGAGAUAGAUUCUUUGAUCAGUCAUCGAGGUGCAGAUCAUGAAGCUAGCCGUCGAAUGAAAACGGAAUUUUUUUCUCAAAUUGAUUCUUUAUUUAACAGUGACAAAAGCGUGUUUGUACUCGGAGCCACAAAUAUUCCUUGGGAGUUAGAUCAAGCUGUCUUAAGAAGAAUGGAGAAAAGAUUGUUAAUUCCGUUGCCAGAUCUUGAAAAUCGUAUUCUUCUUUUUAGGAAAUUUUUGCCGCCUGUGUUGCAACUUAAUUGUGAUAUCGCGGUUGAAUCGCAAUUAAAUUAUGAAUCACUCGCCUUACAGUCAGAAAAUUUUUCGGCAACUGAUAUUGAACUGGUGUGCAGGGAAGCAAAAAUGAAUUUAAUGCGAAAGGUGUUUCAAAAAUUUGAAAAUUCAAUCUCCAAAAUAAAUCUAAAUUGUGUGACCAAAUGUGCAACCUUAAAUAUGUCUGAUUUGUUAGUAGCUAUUCAUAACACAAGACCUAGUAAUAUUAAUUUAGCAGAAAAAUAUUCUAGCUGGAAAGAAAACCAUGGUUGUGAAUAAAAUUUUUUUGAGAGAUUGAAAGAUUAUUAUUAAAUGUAUACCUAAUUAUUUAUUUUUAUUAUAAAUAUUUUCACUUCUAAGUAUCAUAUUGGGUGUAUUGUAUUAUAUGUGUUAUUUAUACAUGUAAUUACAUAUGUUAUAAAUUUAAAUUUGUAUAUACCGAAUAUCUAUUAGUAAUCAAUAUUAAUUCGGCUGCAAAUUAUUGAUUUUUUUUAAACUAUAUUUAUUUCAAUCCAGUAUUUAUGCAUUAUUAUGGCCCCUAAUAAGGUUUGGAGGUGAUUUGAGUUAUUAGACUUAUUUAUUAAGCUUUUUUUAUUAAAUAAACAUCACUAAAAAAACA